AUGCCGGAUGAGUCGAAGGCGAAGAGCUUCCCCGACGUCUCGGCGAAACUCUCCGCGCUUCCAAAGAAAUCACUUUUUGAGCGUCAAAAAGCUGAGGCGGAGGCCAAACGCGCCCGGGAAAAGGCAGAGACAGCUGCAGUCUAUGAAGAAUUUGUCAAAUCUUUCGAAGACGAGGAUUCGGUUGUACCGCAGUCAUUGGAUGGAGGAUCGGAUGCAUUCAGAGGCAGGGGUGGUGGUCCUCCCAGGCGUCACUUCGCAGCUUCCUCUUCGCGCGGCAGUGGCCAUGGACCAUUAGCCCCCCCCCGCCGCCCCUCUCUUACACACAAACGUUCCCACGAAACCUUCCCCCCCUCCCGUCGCGACCAUCUCAAAUUUGAAAACAUGCUUACUCCACCUGAAGCCGACAGAGCACUCGACGAGGAGAGAGCAGCUCCCAAACCGACGUUGUACCUUGCAUCGCUUCCCCCGGGGACAUCUCUGUCAGUGAUUAAGGCAUUGAUUCCAUCGACCCUCACCGUGGACAAUGUCAAGAUCAUCACCCCGCCGGGAGAGUUGCCAACCCACCGGGAAUCCUCUUCUGCCAUCAUCACCCUUGCAAGCGACUCAGCCGCCUCCAAUAUUGACGCAGCUGUGAGUGCGCUGCAGAACAAAUACCUUGGCUGGGGGUACUACCUGAACCUCUGCCGACACCUUUCUUCUACUGCGAUCAAUCCAAACAUCCCUUUGGCCACCGGCAUCUCGUCGACUACUACUUCUCUUCCGUUUGGUGCCGAGCCUAUUCCACUAAGUUCCACCACAAGCAUGAGUCGGGCUCCACCACCUGGGCCACAUCGCGGGGGGAUUCGCACCCCCAAGCUCGUGCAGCUACCGACAGACAUAAGAGUGUUAAGACAGAUACACAAGACUAUUGAGAGACUUGUGAAACAUGGUCCUUCAUUUGAGGCAUUGUUGAUGAGUCGGCCAGAAGUCCAGAUGGACGAAAAGUGGUCCUGGUUGUUCGAUGCAAGGUCGCCUGGUGGUGUAUACUACCGAUGGUCCGAUCUGGUUACCCCCAAACAGCAUCUCAAGUUUGAGAACGUUACUCGCCUGGAGCAAUUUGUGACACACCCUGACUACGACUCAUCUGACGAAGAACACUCGGAUGAGCCGAACGCACGCGCCGAUGAACCUAACUUCUUGAACCCUCUGAAGAUGGCCAGACUUACUCAUCUCCUUGCACGACUUCCGACGACCCAUGCAAAGCUCCGACGAGGAGACGUUAUGCGAGUCACAGCAUUCGCCAUUGACCACGCGGCAAUCGGGGCAUCCGAGAUUGUCGACGUGGCUAUUCGAAACGUUUUCCGGCCACUCGCUUACACCGGAGCCAACCCAAACCAGGAAUUGGAAAAAAGUGCUGCUAGACUUGCGACCACAGAUACGGACAAUACAACCCAAUCCGAUGAAUUAAUAGAUAUGUCUUCUGCGAAGCUGGUCGGCCUCUAUAUCAUCUCUGAUAUUCUUUCGUCGUCGGCAACCAGUGGCGGCCGCCAUGCAUGGCGAUACCGCCAGCUGUUCGAAAACGCUCUUCGCUCGCGCAAGGUGUUUGAACACCUUGGUCGACUGGAUAAGGACAUGAAGUGGGGACGGCUAAAAGCAGAGAAGUGGAAGCGCAGCGUUGGCUCCCUUUUACAUGUGUGGGAAGGGUGGUGCUGUUUUACGCAAUCGAACCAGGAUCAUUUCACUCAAGUGUUUGAAAAUCCACCACUUACAGAAGCAGAAUUGCAGAAACAGAAGGAGACCGAGAAGGCCCAUGCAGACCAGGCUGCUGUUGCAUUUGCCAAAAGCAAGAGUCGAUGGAAGACAGUUGAUGAUGAGCGGGGCGGAAAGUUCGACCCUACUCUCCCUGCGAAUGAGAACAAUCUAUCUAUCUCUACCAACGCAGUGGACGAAUCAAUGCAUGGAAAGGAUGGAACCCCAAUGGAAAUCUGUCACUUGAAGAACGUUGAUGGGGAAUUCAUGCUUAAGCCCCCCCCAUCGGGCGAUGAAGAUACCCAAACCGAGAUACCCCAGCAGCUACCUCAGCACCCAACCCAAUCUGACAAAUCCGAACAAUCAGCUGGGCAGCAGGAGCCAGAAACACGACGACGAAAGCCACGACCCAAAGCUGAAGACAUGUUUGCCUCGGAUUCGGAGUAA